AUGAUUGAUCGUUCGCAGUCAACCGCAACCAAGAAAAGAGAUCCUCCUGAAUGGUUGAAAAAAGCAGCGGAAAGAGCAAAUGUUUCAGGUUUGAUGGCUGCAUGGACAAAUAAGAAAUCAUCACUUGAUCCACCUUCACCUCGAAGGGAUUCCUCGAACGAAACUCCUCACGAAAAACCAAAUAGCUACAUAUAUCAGCAGAACGGCUAUAGCCAAAUGAAAACACCGUCAAAUCCCAUUUAUCCUCAAAACGGAUAUUACACCUUUGACAGUAUUCCACCUACACAACAUAACGCCUACAACAGUAUUCCUCCCGGCCAUCCUCAGAUUCCCUACCCUCGCAACCAAUUCCAAGCUCCAUAUCGUAAAUAUGGUCGUGAACAAGAUCUUAACCAGCUGAAUUACGCUCACCCGAAUCCGACUCUUCAGCAUCUUCCCCAACAUUCCUCCAAUCGAGCACAGCUACAACGUCAGGACGUAAAUGACAGAGUCUCACUGGAGAAUUACCCUUCACUGCGCCAGCCUGGUAUUUAUGAGGGAAAUCUGCAACAACCAUUCUAUAGAACUCAAACUUCUUCAGCCGAACGACCAGUCCGUCCCAGAUACGAUCAAUACGUGCAACCAGAUAACCAAUAUCAGUAUCGUCAUUUUCUCGAUGGACAACGACCAGAUGCAACAUCUACCCCUCAGAGCUACACGAUGUCUUCUAGUGAUCGUAAUCACUCCAUGUCUUCUUCAUCGUACCAGCUAUCUGAACAAACUAGCCAUGCGAUGAAUUACUCUAGUCGGUAUGAACCUCCUCAGCCUUCCUUUACAUAUCAGUACGGCCAACCUCUUCCUCAUAUCGACGAUACUCAAUUAGGCAGAUCGUCUCCUUCUCAAGUCAAUCCUAUACAACAUGCAGAACGAUCUCACGGACAUCGAGUCAGAUUUCAGCUUGACACUCAUGAAAUCUCACCUGUAGAGUCUUCAGUCCCUACGUUAACAGGAAUCAUUGAGAUCCCGCUUGCUCAGCAGGAUGGUCAUCCCCCGAUGGUUCAUCCUCACCAUCAAAAUGCUAAAGUUGUUCUCCCUCAUCUUGCAUACUCUCAGCCAUACCUUCCGGUCGGACACAAUCCUCAGUCUCAUCAAUUGGACGUGGUUGAACACCAGCAGGCCUGGCCCAGUCCUGAAGCUUAUCUAGGGAAUGUUGUCACUCAACACCCCGCUUCCUCGUCAAUUGAAAAUCGCAUUCCUCCUACAUUGCAGAAAGUUCAUCAGGAGAUUCUUGCCUCUCGAAGGAAAAAGGACUCCAAGCUUAAGGUGCACCCAAACUUGGGCAGAAAAGUGGUUCAGAAUCUGGAAAUGGUAGCUGAAAGGAGUCUGGAUGAACUCGAUUUGCUAAGGCCAGAGUUGUUAGAUCAGGAAGAGGUUGUAUCGCUGCGAUCGCACCGUACUCUAAAUGGCUCGCACAGAAAAUAUGGUGGACUGAAUACUGAUCACAAUCAGAAAAUUCCCAUUGCUACUCAAUCAUAUUCUGACAAACCUCGCACUCACGUUUCGCCUGAUAAUUUGGGUGUUUAUGACCAUUCCCAAGAUAGUCCAGACGAUCACACCUCUUCCUAUUCACCUUCCGAAACUGACAAUUCUUCUGAUUAUGAGACGUCGGAUGAUUGCUCAUCUUCAAAAUCCCGCAAUUUAACUCACCGUUUUGGGAAAAGUGAACGAUCAAUCCAACUCCAUUCGAGACCAAGCAUCCAACAGAAUCUGGAAAAAAGGAAGAAGCGAAAAAGAUCCAGUUCUGGCUCAACUCGAUACAAUGAGUGCUCAUCAGAGAAAACUGACAACAAUACCGAUUACAGAACCUCAAGACGAAGAAAAAAAGCUAGGAUCGAUCCAGAACUUCUCAGUGAAUCAGAAUCCGAGUUAUCAACCGUCGAUGAAUUUUCUGGCGAUGAUCAAAGUGUACGCUAUAUAUCUGACGAUCUGAAUGACGGAAGGGUAGCUCCUGAACAGCGACCUUAUACACCAAAACUACCUAAAAUCACUAAACCAUUGAGCUUCUUCGCUGACAAUGUCAUCAUCCCUCCUAACGUUUAUACUGAUCGGAUUUCUUAUCGAUGCAAACCCGCCAAGAACGUCAAGUCGCCUAAGGUACAUCAAGCGGCCACCAAAAAGCCCAGUGGCGAUCUAUUCAACAACAACAAGAAGAAGGUUCGAUUCUCAAACCUCAGUCAAGAUAGCAUUCCAGGUGAAGAGAUAGAAGGCUUUUCAGAUGAACAGGAAGAAGACGACCUUGAAAUCGACCGCCAAGACCAGUUAAUGGAAAAUGAACAAACGGAGAAAAGUCAAACUGCACAAUCGAUGAUCAGAACUAAUAGUAGGAAAGCUGAGAAAAGAUGGUUGAAAAAGUGGCAAGAUGGAGAAAGGUUAUCUACGGUCGAUGAGGAGGAAGAUGUCGAUGAAGAUGAUGAGGUCGAGGUAGAUGGAAACCUUAUCUCAGUCGAUGAUAAGGAUGGUGAUCAUCCCAAUCUCAUUGUUGUUCAAGUGAUGGUACAACAAGAACAGGAGGAAGAUCAGUUCUGGGGUAAAGGAGGUGAAUUAGGUUUCAAGGUUUGGAGAGACGGUUACUGA